AUGGAUAAAUAGUUUAGAUAAUCAGAAAAUUAAGAGAAAUUAAUUUAGGUAAAUCGAUCCUAAAACAUCAGAUUGAUCAAACAUACAUUUCAGCUAUUUAUUAUAGUAGAGACUCUUGUAAUAAUAAGUUAAAUUUUUAUGCUAUCAUAUUAUCAACUCUAUACUCCUUAUAGAAAUGAGGAGUAUAGAUUGUGGGUCUCCUUUUAUUAUAGUUGUCAAGGGGGUAAUUGCUUUUAAAAUAAAAAUCUCUGCUCAGGUAUUUCACCAUCUGAAAAAUAUAAAGAUUAUUAUUGUUCCAAUACUUAAGAUUUUAACGUGUUUAGAUAUAUUCUAAGUUUUAUUCUUAUCUUGAUCGUUCUUACUAUGAUCUUUGAUGUAUACAGAAUGAUGAAAAUAAAAAAUGAAUUGAAAAAUGAGAUUUUAUCUUCAAAACUGAUCUAUAAGGCUAAGAAAUAUUAAAUUAUUAUUAUACUGCUAUUGUUCUCAUAUUAUGUGAUCCUGUUCAUUUUCAUUUUUGGAAUAGAUGGGGAAUAUGGUAGUGCUGCAUUAGGUUCAGCAUUUUUCGUUGGAAUUUCAGGAUUUUUCACCUACAUGGUUAUCAUUCUUUAUUUUCGAUAUCUAAAAGGCAGAUUAGCAAGAGAAUCUUAUUUUGAAAAACUUUUAAAUGAAGGACUAGAUGAAUCUGAUUUUAAAUAAAACUUUGAAUUCAAAACAGUUGAAUGCAGAGAAGAGAGAUUCUACUCAGUUCCAGAAUAAGAUAAUUGA